UCUCUCUUGUUGUUCUCUUCAUGGAAGAUGGGGAGCACCCACUUCUAUCUUCCAUCCAAGAUGAGUACCACAAUCAACCCCAUGAUUCCCAGAUUCAUGACAUUGCUAGUUAUGACGAACAAGACCACGUCAGAUCAAAUAAACCGAUACCAUAUUUUUUGAGGGAAUUCUAUGUGGAGUCGAAGAAGCUCUGGUACUUAGCUGCUCCGGCCAUCCUCACUGCCGUUUGCCAAUACUCACUUGGUGCCAUUACUCAGGUCUUUGCUGGGCAACUCGGAACUACUGAACUCGCUACGUUUUCAGUUGAGAACUCCAUCAUCGCUGGAUAUGGUUUUGGAAUUAUGCUGGGCAUGGGAAGUGCACUAGAAACACUUUGUGGGAUAGCAUUCGGAGCCGGAAAGAUUGAGAUGCUUGGGAUUUACAUGCAAAGAUCUUGGCUUGUCCUCAACUCCACUGCUCUAAUACUGACGCUUCCUUACAUUUUCGCAACACCGUUUCUAAAAAUCAUGGGCCAGACAGAUAAAAUAUCGAAGGAAGCAGGGACUUUUGCGUUGUGGAUGAUCCCACAACUCUUCGCUUAUGCAAUGAACUACCCACUCACAAAGUUUCUACAGGCACAAAGCAAGUUCAUGGCAAUGGCUGUGAUAUCUGCAGUGGCAUUGGUUUUGCAUUCUAUCUUCAGUUGGCUUUUGAUGCUAAAGUUGGGGUGGGGAAUGGUGGGGGCAGCGGUGGUGCUGAAUUCAUCAUGGUGGUUCAUUGUGUUGGCUGAACUAGUAUAUAUUUUUUGUGGGGCAUGUGGUCAAGCUUGGAAUGGAUUUUCAUGGAUGGCAUUCCAAAAUCUUUGGGGGUUUCUUAAGUUGUCCGUUGCAUCUGCAUUCAUGAUUGCCUUAGAAACUUGGUACAUCAUGGUGCUUGUUCUCUUUGCUGGAUAUUUAAAGAAUGCUGAAGUUUCGGUGGAUGCAUCAGGCAUAUGUGCAAACAUUAUGGGAUGGACCAUUAAUAUGGCUGGAUUUGGAUUAAGUGCUGCCAUAAGUGUAAGGGUGUCGAAUGAAUUGGGAGCAUCCCACCCCAAAGCAGCAAGAUUCUCAGCCCUAGUGGUUGCUGUGACUUCCAUUCUGAUAGGUCUCUUCCUUGGAAUUAUUCUUAGCGUCACUGCAAAGCAAUAUACAUUCUGGUUUUCCACUGAUGCCCAAGUCCAAGAGAUUGUAUAUGAGCUCAACCCAUUGCUAGGAAUUUCCAUUUUUCUCUGCAAUGUUCAGCUUCCUCUCGCAGGGGUGGCCAUUGGCGCAGGGUGGCAAGCUUAUGUGGCUUAUGUGAACUUGGGAUGCUACUAUUUGGUUGGGAUUCCUCUGUGUUUGCUUAUGGCUUUCAAGUUCAACAUGGGCAUUCAGGGAAUUUGGUGGGGAGUUCUGGCAGGAUUGUUCCUACAAAUCUGCGUUAUCACAUGGAUGAUAUGCCGAACGAAUUGGAAUAAUGAGGCUUAUGUUGUUGGAGACAAGUUAAAACAAUGGGGAGGGGAAACAGAUGACAGCCAGAGUUAUGUGGAAACAGUACCCUAAAAAAAAAGAAAAAAUCAGCUUGUAGUAUUGGUGAGGUUACUGCUGACCAGCAUUGUGGCUGCUGUUUUUGAUUGCUUGUGAGCAGAUCAGCAGUUGACUGCUGCUGCUGCAGUUUCCUCCUACGGCUGCUCUUUCUUGAAAAGCUGCUGCUGCUGUAUCCUACGUUGUUUUUGGCUGCUGCAGCUUGGGGUUUGUGUGGAUGGCCUUGUUCAGCUGGUCCGAGCAAGUUCAGCAAGGGGCUGAUAUUUUACUUUUCUCAUUCUCAGUGUUGUGUAGCAUCUUGAAGUCUUGUGGCCUUUGUUUGCAUUCGGCCUGAUUGUAUCUCCUUUGUUCUAUUACGUUAUAUUCUACCUAUCCUUGGGGGGUGUCCCUUGGAAUGUUUAUUCCCUUGCUUGGGGGGAUGUCCCUAGCAUUAAGGCGCUCAUGCUGGAGUAUGAACUUUUGGUGCUGUAUGGUACCUCAUGUGUUUAGGUAGCUGAUUAGAGGCAAAUCCCAUGCUUCCUCAAGUAGAGCUCAAAUUCAUAUUGGGAGCUAUUGAGUACUCCUUACUUGAUCAUUGGAUGCUUCGAUGGUUGACAUCUCACACGGGGCUGGUUAAUCAAGAUCCAGUUCUCUUUGCAACUUCUAUCAAGGAGAAUAUCCUAUUUGGAAGGGAAGGAGCUUCAAUGAAAAUGUUAUUGUUGCAGCUAUGGCUAUAAAUGUUCACGGUUUCAUCAUGAAAUUUGGGGCCAUUUUGUUGUUUUGUACACUUUUGAGAAUUGUUUUCUGUUCCUCUGUUAGAUGAACAAGAAACAAUUGGAUCAUACACCACUAGUCUAUGUAGCCAUUUGGUGUAGGCUCCUACUAUUUACUUUUAUUCUUUUCUUUGUUUUCUUCCUUUUAGGGUAUACCCAUUGUAGGCUGUAUAUUCAGUUAGCAUUUUUUC